AUGUCUGUGGCAGCACCUUCCACUUUCAACCCCGAGGAGGCGGACAACUUCGAGGAUAUUGAGAAGCAAUUUGCUGUCAAAGUCGUUCAACACAUGUCCACAUACUGGGCAAUUCUCGAAAAGGUACCUGGCUCGAAACUCCGGCUCACAAAAAUGGACGAUGAUAUCUACGAGCAUCUAAAGACAGAUUUCCCCGAGUUCGAUCCCGCAAAGACCAUCGACGAGGACGAGAUGAAGAGCAAAACCGGCAAGGAGCGGUGGCGCAAGUUUAUGAUGGCUUACGAAAAAAAAGUCGAAGAUUACAACUUUGGCACAAUGAUGAGAGGGAAUCCGAAGUGGGAGUAUGGAAAGGAUGAAACUAUAUUUGUCCCUCGAAUGCAGUUUUAUGCUAUCGAAAUCGCGAGAAAUCGGAGCGGCCUGAACGAUUGGAUUUACGAGAACAACCAGAAAGAACAAACUGAGGCAAAAGCUUAA